UUGGUGUUUGUCAGUUACCAAGAAGAAGAAAAAGCUCUGCUGACUAUUGUUUUUAGUGUGAACUAUUUGCCGACAACAAGAAAACCCGAUUAAUUGCAUCUUUUAAAUAUGCCAAAGGAAGACUGUAAAUACUGGGACAAAUGCUAUCAGCGUAAUGAGGCCCAUCUAGAAAAAUACAAUCACCCAAUCAAGGAAACCGAUACGCCAAAAAUGGCGCCAAAACGUAAGCCGACUGACAAGGAAGAAGAGGUAGGAGAGAGUCCAAAAACCAGCAGUAGCAAUAAAACUGAGGAUAUGAUGGAUGCAGAAAAGGACUGUGGCAACUAUGAGUCGGAAACGGCGCAACUACACAAGGAGGCAAUGGGCAAUAUAGCUGGCAAGAAUUAUAUGGAAAUACUGGAAAAGCGCAUUCGUUUGUCUGUACAACAGGAGUAUGAUAAUCUCUGUGAAAGCAAUGAGUUCAUCAGGCAUAAGUUUCUAGUUGAAAUGCCACCAGAUUUCUAUCAAUUCUGGCAGUUUAUAAACACACUGAAGAAGGACACGACCAAAGAAGCCGCACUUCAGCACAUUGAAUCAGUGUUUCAACUGCAAUUGGUUGGCCCCUUUGAGUUUCUGGCUGGUAAAUUUCAUAAAGCAAAGAUCGGUGAGCCUGGCGAUUAUCUGCGGCAUUGGCGCUUCUAUUACGAUCCACCCGAGUUUCAAACCAUUUUUGUGCGUAAAGGAACUGGCGUACACUAUGGCUACUGGCGGGAUGUGCCGCAGGAUAAGGAGCGAUUGCUACUGGCACGAAAUGAUUCCUCACAGAAUUGUGAAUUUCAAUUUGUCGCUGGCAACGUAUUUGAUGCGUUCCUUUACUAUUUGGAGCAUGAUUUUCAUGGCACACCAUUCACAGCGGCCCAAGUGGCUGCUACCAAGAAAGCUGUAAAGCAGUACAUCAGUGAUAAUUCCUUGGGAUUAGCGCAGCUUGAUGAUUUAACAAAAGAGCGCAACAAACGUGUUAUGGCCAAGUCAUUUCAUCGUGCUGGCAUCGUAGUGCCCUAUGAACGGAAGUCACAGCAGGGUUACCGCCCGCUAACUGUUAGUGAUGCGGAGCUUAAGAAAAUUCUGGCGCUAUUUGAGCGUAAGGAUCUCAAUGAUGGCAGCGAUAAUGCCAAACAGGCUGUGCUCGAAAAGUUACAACCGGUUGCCAAUGCGGCCAACAUUGCGGUGGAUGAAUGUGAUUUUGGCACAGCCUUGGAGUUGGGUCUCGAUUUGUUCAGCAGCGGACAUAAGGAGCUACACAUGUUGGUCUCUUCGCUGCUGGUUCCGGCUUAUUCAUUACUCUCGCGGCCACAAUUCAUAGCCAUUGCCAAGGCGCACAUGGAGCAGCGCAGAAGGGAUCUUAAUUUGAGUAUAUUUGAAGUAUUAAAAUAAGUGAAAUAUAUGUUUUCAACCGCACCAAUUUAUUAAAAUAUAAUCAGCCACCUA